AUGGACAUGUACACAGAUCCGAUCGCCCUCCGUCCGCAGCAAGACAUGCCCUACGAUCUCCGCCCGCGAGCCCUACAAUGGGACGAAGUCAUGGACCGUGACUCCAACGGCGGCCUGUCGCCAACUAUAAGCAGCGAUCUGCGGUUCCCAGCAGCUCAUAUGACCCCGUCGCAGGAGCUAUUUCUACUCUCGCCGCAGACAACGGCCUACCUCGGCUCGAACCAGGACUCGCCAGGCGAGCUCGGCGGUUAUCAUGACGUGAAUGCUACCUCUAAUGUACGCUCCCCUCUGCCAUCUACAAGCCAAUAUGGGAAGCUAACGAGACAGCCCAACCGCCGACAAUCGCAGAACCGCGAAGCACAGCGCCGAUUCCGCGAGCGGCGGGAACAGGAGCGCAUCCAACUACGGAAGAAGAUGGAGGAGCAGCGGGCGGAAAACGAGGCGCUAAGUCGGCUGCUGGCGGAGGCGAAGAAUGCGAAUCUCAAGCUCGAGAUCGACAAUGAGCGGUUAACAAAAGAGCUGGAGACGCUGCGCCGGCGGUGGCAGGAUGUGCUACGGUUGAUGGCGGAUAUGGUGCAGCAGGAGGAGGUGGGCGAGGGGGGCUCGCCGGCCAGUUGUUCCAGUGGGUCGUCCUCGUCGUCGCGGAAGGAGGUUCACGGCCUCCGAAGUUCGAUUAUGAUGCAGAUGCUGGUGCUGUUGUUUGAUGAAAAGGGUGAAGAGGGGCCUCCUCGGACGACGAUGAUGGCGAGAUUGGGGGCUUUGUCUGGGGAUCUGUGA